AUGCAAACGGUCGAUGUGGUAAGUCACCCUCAGGGCAGGAGCGGUGUCGUUGAAGGACCAGCAAUUGGUGUUGACGUUCUUGCUGCUGCCGUUGAUGGUUCUGCUACUGCCGAUGUUGUCUCUGCUGCUGCCGAUGUUGUCUCUGCUGCGGCCGACGUUGUCUCUGCUGCUGCCGAUGUUGUCUCUGCUGCUGCCGAUGUUGUCUCUGCUGCUGCCGACGUUGUCUCUGCUGCUGCCGAUGUUGUCUCUGCUGCUGCUGUUGUCUGA